AUUCGAUAUGGCGAUCUCCCACGCGACGCCGCCUUGCCACACGUCCACGGUCCGCGUCCUCGACAUUCAGAGCGACUGGGACCUGCAUGAGGCCGACGAGUCCUUCUGGGUCAGCGCUAUCGACCGCCCUGUUCUGCACGACGCGGACCCAUUGCGGGACAGCGCGGCCAUGGCCGGUGCGACGACGGGUGCGCCAACGCCAGUGUACAAGGACACGAACCGGGCUGGUCCUCUGUACCACAUUGCGUCGCAAACGCCAACGCGCUUGACGCUCAUGGACAUGGAAGGCGCGAAGGCCAUGACGUUCCUGUCGCCGACCGCCGAAGUCGGCAUGGACUCGCAGCUCUUCUGCGCGCGCGCGUCGGCCGACGGCGCGUUCUUGGGUGUGGGUGGCGCCAACGGCGCCUUUCACGCAACGCACGUGCCCACGGGCCAGCGCAUCGAGUUGAAAGGCCACGUCGGCGACGUCACGACCGUCGACUUCUUCCCGAGCUCCCGCGUUGCGCUCACGGGCUCGGCCGACUUUCGCCUGCGCAUCUGGUCGAUGGAGGCCUUUCGGUGCGCGGCCGUCCUCCAAGGCCACGUCGGCGCCGUCACGGGCACAGGCAUCCUCGGCAAAGGCCGCAACGUCGUGUCGUGCGCGAGCGACGCCCAACUGAGCCUCUGGAACGUCGGAACGUCGGAGCGUCUCUCGGUGUGGACGCUGGCGUCGCCGGCCACGAGCCUCUGCGUCUGGACGAAUGCGCUGCUCACGACAAGCCGCUCGGCGCGGCAUCCGCUCGAGAGCGAGACCGACGGCAAGGUCGUCUUUGUCGGCACGGAAGCGCACGGCGCACAGGGCAUCGACCUCCGCGCCUUGGAGCCGGUCCUCAUGCUUCCAAGCGCCGCCGCCGUCUCCGCCACUGCGAUGCACCCUGCGCGCGAGCACACCGUUCUUAUUGGCAACGACCACGGCGUCGUAAGCACCUUUGACCUGCGCCGCCCCACGUCGGCGCUGACGAUGGUCUCGCGAAGCGAUGCGGCCGUGCACGACUUGUACACCUCGAAUGACGGGGACGUGUGGGCGGCGACCGGCGACGGCGCGUGCACCAAGUGGACGGACGUUGCGACGGCGCCGGUCGUCGACACGGAGCUCUUCGGCCCGACGUAUGACGCGGUGCAUGGCGUGGCAGGCCAUGGCAACACGAUGUACACGGUCUCGCGAGACCGGGUUCUGCGCACGUACACCCUCGACUAACGCGCUUCAUUACAUGGGAUUUACUUGAUCUUCUUCUUGAUGCGCAGCUGGUUGGAGUGGCCGCACUUCUUCUUGCGGCAGUUGGUCGCGCGGGGCGGGAGGCGCGCGUAGCACACGCGGCAGAUCUGCUUCUCGCAG